GACUUGCACAUAUACACCCAGAUGGCCUGAAGUAACUGAAGAAUCACAAAAGAAGUGAAUAUGCCCUGCCCCACCUUAACUGAUGACAUUCCACCACAAAAGAAGUGUAAAUGGCCGGUCCUUGCCUUAACUAAUGACAUUACCUUGUGAAAGUCCUUUUCCUGGCUCAUCCUGGCUCAAAAACCACCCCCACUGAGCAUCUUGUGACCCCCACUCCUGCCCGCCAGAGAACAAACCCCCUUUGACUGUAAUUUUCCUUUACCUACCCAAAUCCUAUGAAACGGCCCCACCCUUAUCUCCCAUCGCUGAUUCUCUUUUUGGACUCAGCCCGCCUGCACCCAGGUGAAAUAAACAGCCAUGUUGCUCAGGCAAAGCCUGUUUGGUGGUCUCUUCACACGGACGCGCAUGAAAUUUGGUGCCGUGACUCGGAUCGGGGGACCUCCCUUGGGAGAUCAAUCCCCCGUCCUCCUGUUCUUUGCUCCAUGAGAAAGAUCCACCUACGACCUCAGGUCCUCAGACCGACCAGCCCAAGAAACAUCUCAAAUCCGACCUGCAGCAGUUACUGGAUGCUGUUAAAGUUUCCACUACAGAUGCAAGAAAAGUGUCCCACACUUUCUGUCUGUCUGAUUGUGACAGCUAAGAUUAAAUCAGAUACGUUGAACUUUUUAAUGUGAAAGAAAACUGGAGAGUGAAAAUACAUCUUAGUGAAUGAAGUCUAUAUCAGGAGGUACCUAAUCCUAAAGCAUACUGUUAUGAAAAUGAAUGCAUGAAUAAAUGUAAUGCUAAUAUUUUUACACUUUUGGCUACAUUAUUUAGUAUUAAAAAAAAGUAUUGAAAAUAUUCAACCAGAAAAUGUAGCAAAUCCUCAAAUUUGUAAAAUUAUAAAAGGUAACGGUAAUCAAUGUUGGACGCACAAGUUUGAAAACAAUAUAGAAAAUACUACAAUGCCAUAUAAUUUUUCACAAUG